CUGCUGGAGAACCGUUAUCCCUGAAACCGCCCGGCACGCACUACGGCAAGAACGGCGGCAAAGCUGGUGGCUAGUAACAGACGGCACGUCGGAUAUUGAAAUACACUUGGAGGCCCGUUCUACUACAGCUGCUACCAACGACUGAUAUACCUGCUCACCAGUGCACUCUUCCCAUCAUUGAUACCGCCCUGCUUGAACUUUGCAGGAAGAAGUUUUCCGCACCCAGGCUUCGGACAAUGACUGUUGCAGGGUGCCGUACUACGCGCCACACUGUUUUGCGUCGGAAGGGCGGUUUCAGUGACCUUUUGGUCGUCUGGCAGAAAUGAUCAAGCUAAGGCUAGAGCCACGAUAUGGUACAUGGGCGUUCUUCCAGCUUCAAAAUCGGAACCUUGUAACGACUCUUUAUCUCCCUACUCCGACCAUGUCCGACAUGAUAGUUUGGCGACCAGAAGAUGAUCCAAACAUCAGACCCCCACUUCAGGAAGGCAAGGUGAAUAGGCCAGACAUACUCAAUAUGAUUGAGACGUCAAUCGACGGACUGAGUGGAGAGCUGAGGAUGCUAAGUCUCGAUAUCCAUGACCAUCCAGAGCUGAUGUUUGAAGAAAAAUAUGCCCAUGACGCAUACACUGCGUUCAUGGAAAAACAUGGUUUCACAGUUAUCAAAAAUCAUCAUCUUGAGACUGCCUGGGUGGCUACAUACACUCAUGGACGGGGAGGGCGCGUUUUGGGUAUCAACUCUGAGAUGGAUGCGCUCCCUGGAAUCGGACACGCUUGUGGACACAAUCUUGUUGGGGUAUCUGGAGUGGCGGUAGCCCUUGCAGCUAAAGCUGCCAUGGAGAGGCUGAACAUCGAUGGAAAGGUGGUUCUGCUCGGUACACCUGCCGAGGAGGGUGGCCUUGGCAAGGUCAUACUGUAUGAAAAGGGGGCAUACGACGAGAUGGACGUGUGCCUCAUGUCCCAUCCCACACCUGGCCCCCGCCAUUUCAUUAGUUUAACUAACUGCUUGGCUUGUUCUUUCAUCACUGUAAAGUAUCAAGGCCAUACUGCUCACGCUGGGUUGAGUCCUUGGGAGGGAAAAAAUGCACUUGAUGCGGCUGUCCUAGCAUAUAACAACGUCUCUCUUCUUCGUCAGCAGAUUAAACCUACUCAUCGCGUGCACGGCAUCUUUGAAGGAAAUAAUUGGGCUCCAAACAUCAUCCCGGACCAAGCAACAAUGAAGUGGAUAGUCCGCGCUCCCACGACGUCAGAGAUAGAAGACACCAGGCGGCGUGUUACUGCCUGUUUCGAAGCAGCUGCACUUGCAUCUGGAUGCAAAGUCCAAAUUACGGCUACACCGACAAUCAACGAAGUCACGCAAAACAAAGCACUUGGUGAUGAGCUUGCCGACGUUGUUCUGAAGCGUUAUGGCGCUAUAGAUUACGAAUGGGGUAUCAAGAAUGCUUCUACUGAUUUUGGGAAUAUCUCAUACUUGAUGCCUGGUCUUCACCCUGGUUUUUCCAUCCCGACCAUUCCAAAUGGCGGAAACCAUACCCUAGGAUUCACGGAAGCCGCACGUUCCCAAGUAUCCCAUGACGCCUGUUUGGUGGUUUCGAAAGCACUUGCGGCCGUAGGCAUGCGAGUGUUGACUGACGAGGCGUUCUUCCAGAAAGUGAAGGACACAUUUGAAGAAGAUAAGAAACUAAGAGUGUAGCUGCUAAUCUUUGAUGGGGUUGCCCUGUAGGAUCAGAAGGAAGAAUUUGUGUAUGUCGAACAUGUUUAUAUCGAGUAUGUUUCUUCAGCUCUUUAGCUGACCUCCAAUGAUGAACACAUGCAUGAUGAAUUUGUCUUUAAAA